ACGGCAAUGGCACGUCCUUUUUCCAAAGGCUUUUGACUAGCUGCUACGUAUGUACGAACCUGCCCGAUCUACCGUCACUUGACGAUUUUACACAAACACCAGAUCGAUAUUCUGGUAAUUACUCGGAGCAACGCGAUUCAAAAACCAAACUUUGUAUUUACUUUUAACAUACAUAGAUACACUUUACAUGCGUAUUUAUAGUUAUAAAUUUACAAGUUAACAUACUGUAAUAGUGAAAUUCGACCCGCAAUCGCAAGCGAGCUAGCAAACGCGAUACGAAGGGAGAGCAAAAAAAAGGAAGGAAAAACUCGAAACAACGCCUGCCUGUGAAAAAGCGAUACCAACCAAAACAAAAACGUAAAACGAAUUGCAGCCAUGAACAACAAAGGAGCAAAUGGAUAUCCGUCGUAUGAUGCCGCACAGCAGGCCGCAUAUCAGCAAUACAUGAACGGUCAGCUUCCUGCCCAUGCACAACUGCCGCCUUCGUACAACUCGGUGGUCACCAGUAUGACGCCGACCUAUCCGCCAUAUCCUCCCGGAAUCGUGCCACAGCCGUUCUACGGUAACAGCUGGAGCGUGAGUCCGUCCCCGCAGGCACAGUUUGCCCCGCCGCCACCACCGUACGCGGCCACACCGACUGCCGUGGCGGCCAUCCCAGCCCAAACGAUGCAUCCGCAGAUGUAUCAGUAUCAGAUUGCAGCGGCUCCACCACCACAAGGACAGCCACCGCAGGUCUACCAAACACAAAUGUAUCCAGUUCAAGGUGCCAUGUUUGAUGCCGGUGCACGAUUCGGUAAAACCGGUGGACAGCCGGCAAUUCCACCGCCCCCACCCGGCAUUGUUCCUAAUGCGGCACAGAUGGCCACAAUGCAGGGCCAACAGGUAGUGGUGGCCAAGAAGAAGAACAAUUUUCUGCACGGUGGCAACGGUGGCGGCUAUACGUUCUGGUGAAGUGUGGGAUAGUGCAGCCUUUUUGCUGCGCUCCACCCCGAACAGGCUGAAAUGGAGCUGUGCUGAUGAGGGCGGAGGUGCCAUGUGGGUAAGCAAAUGGGGAAUUGUGAAGUGGUGGAGCGAACGAGGGUACAAUUGGGAUUAGGCGAAGAAAGGACAAACCAACCGUGCAAGCACGUUGACUAUGUAAACGCGAAAACUGGACGAGAAGACUGCAUACAAUCGAUGCACGUAUAACGCUGAACUGGAUGGAAAGCAAUAGACACAGUUGUUUGGUUUGGAAUGCCGAACCAGCCAAUAUGUGAAGGCUUAUGGAUCAUACACAACGCAUAAAAGUACUUUUUUUCUUGUAGCGUAUAAAAACAGAAGACUAGAAACCAUUAAAUGAACUCCUUACAUUUAUAGCAUUUUUUUUGAUUCGUACUCUAUUAACUCCUAUUUUACAUUUGGUUACAUUUGUUAAAUGUUUUCAACCAUAAAACUAAAUUGAAUUGAAUACGAUGUUUAUAUCUUUACCACUGAACAGUGAUUCGUAGUUUUUCGUUUUAUUUUUACCCUUGUAAAAUUAAGUUCCUUAGUUGGACAAGUUACUGUGAAAAACAAGUCUUCUUCACCUCCCGGGAGUACAUUUAACGAAAACUUGUGUGUUCAAAUUUAAUGCAAACAUGGUAAGCAACAUAACAAACAAACAAACAAAAAAUCGGCCCCCUCCUUUUGGCCCCCAGUAUACACCUGCCUAUUAUCUGGACUUGCGUGUCAUGUGGUGCCGAAAUAUUCACCGGAUAAUAAUACUAAUUAGUGACCGACAGACUGCUCAAUGAAUUAACGCACAGCGAGAGAUGGGUGCUAAACUUUAUGCGGGGGGAGACAGGUAGAAGGAAAAGCUGUUAUCAGUAGCGAAAUGGUUAAUAUUGGCAGUGGAAAAUGGGGAGGAAAGAAUUAGCAAACAUAAUUGCAAACAUUACUUAUCGAGUGAUCGAUCCCUUGUUCAAACAUGCAACUAGUUACGCAGGAUACAAUCGAGCAAGUAAAUAAAUUAUAUAAACAACAUUGGUGACAUAGCAAUUUAGACGAGAGCUGGACUUCCGUCGAGGCCAACUCGUUCGUCUUCAACAAACAAAUAAGAAACGCAAUGGUGCGCUAUAGUGCCCUAAAGUUCCCUCCCCCCGCCCAACAUUUAAAACUCAGCACAUGUGUACCCGUGGUACACCGUAAGAACUUCCUUGUUAGACAGCAGCAUAUAUUAGUAGAACGAUGGACUAAAAACCGAUCAGUUUGGAUCAAUGGAUUCUGCGGAGUGAAUACAACACCGAAACAUACUGUAAAGCAAUCUUGAAAAGCAAAAAAGCACACGAUCACGAUUCGUGUGACGAUUCGUACGAAUAUAACACCUAACGCAACUCAAUAUCGCCUCGUUUUCUUCCGGGUAUCAUCACUGUUAUUGUAUUUACUGUUAGGAAAAUCCUUCAAACAAUAUUUGCCUGCGAGCCGAGCACAAACACGUUACUUUCUUGUGAUAGUUGGUGCCGCUAUUCCGGGCCUGGGAACAUUAGCAGGAUACUAUUCUCAAAACCUGGAAGUGGUUUUACACCACCUGUGAGCGUACAUGAAGUGCAAUUAGAAAUCCUUUUUGUGCGCUAACCUCAGCAACUAUUGGCAGAUGAAUUGCGUUGGACGAAGAUGAAAUGAGAAUACAAAGUUGCAUCUAGCUUUUGGGCAUGUCAAACUGAUCGAGUUUAGUGAAACAUUACACUCGUGCGCUAUGGUUAACCUUUCCCAUUGAUAAACUGCGAUUGUUAGGGUUAUUUAGCAGCCCCUGGGUGAAGUGUGAUGCACGAUUCGUCAGUUUGUUUCGUCUACUCGUCUACUGAUCUGAUCUGGUCUAAUAACAAUAAACUUUCUGCUAAAUCUAAAUUCAGGACAGUACCAUGUACCUCCUUCAUCUUUAAACCUUAUCAACGACGAAUGCAUGGGAAUGAUAUGACCAAAAUUAGAAGACUUCCAAACUACCUAAAACAAAAAUCUAAAUUAACAUGUGGUUUGUUUCACGAUGAUGGGGCAAUAAUAACAAAGAAUGGUUUAAAAACAAAAAAAGGAACAAAUAUAUUAACUCAAAAGGUAAUGAAAAACAAAACAUUGACUGUAGUAGCGCCUUGAGGGGAGGUCCGAUGUUGGUAAAAUUCCUAACCGUGUGGAUGAAAAGACUUCGAGCUCGUACAUGAAUGUGGGAAAGCAUUUGAACGCAAAAAUUUUGGGAAAAGGAAAACACAUGUAACGCUCCAAAAAAAAACAAAGGAAAAGGAAAAGAAAAUAACUAUUGGCGAAUUAAGUAGAGAAGCGCAAAACAAAUAAUAUCAAUUCAAAUAGUGGUAGCGAAUGUAGGAAACGUAACAAAAGAACUGCAAAAAGAAAGAAAGGCAAACCAAAAACAACAACAACAAAAAAGGUUCUUGAAUGAAUGAAGGAAAUGAUGAUUAAAAUUACAAUUCAAGUGAUCUAGUUUGGCUGAGAAACUUUAUUCGAAACAAAACAAAUAUAUAUAUACUUAUAUAUAAUAUAUAUAUACGUUGAAUCCAUACUGAGGAAUCGGGAAAAAAACGCGGGAAAGCGAACAUGUGAAGGACACACCGUAUUGCUUAUUGCAAUUGCACCGUACUAUUACGGCGUGAGUGAUUCAGCGAAACGAACGCGAAACAAGGAUGUUGGAAUGAUAUAAACUGGAAUGCUUUAAUAAUUAGCCAAAAGCGUGGGAAAGUGUAGUGAUAAUUCGAAUUGAUCGAAACGGAUGUGACCACCACCCACCACCACAGUGCAGGAAGGUGUGGAAGGAACGCUAGGCGCCUAAAGCGGAGCAAACUAAAGAAGAUGAAAGGUUUUUUUCAUAUGUUUUAUUUUAUGUAUGCAAUUUACAUUUAUCAGUGUUUUAGUUUAUUUUCUUUUUGUUUUUUUUUGUGUUUGAACUUUAGAAACGCCAUUAUGUUGUGAAAAUUUAAAAAUUCUACCAAACAAGUAAUGAUAAUAAUUUCGUUCCUAAGUUUUGCAAUCAACGAACCCGAGCAAAAACCGUGGGGAAAGAUUAUGUUUAUUUCCGACCCCGAUCCGAGAUAGCAAGGAAAAGUAUUUCAACUGAAACAUGAUAAUGAAUAAAGAAACAAAACCAUGAAACACAA